GGCAGGCCGAGCCGAUGACCUCAUUUCAAGAUGGCUGCUACCAACAUUCCGGUUAGCGUUUUGAAGCAUAAACAAAAUAAACACGGAAUACGUUGAUAUACACCGAAAGCCGGGACUCCCUGGAUCAUAAGGAUAUCUUAUUUGUCUGCCUGUGACAUACCGUUAUUGAUCACCAGCCCCGAGAGUCAAAAUGUUUAUUUUACACGUUUUCACCAAGCAGAACAUCUUACAAGGUAUACUGUAUGGAUGGGAAAAGGCUUACACAGCAGGAGUCAAAUACUUCAUCAACUAAAGGAAGAAGUGAUGGAUAAAAUAAUGUCCAGACACCUCACGGUGAAUCCAAGUUUUCUACCUGCGUCGAAUCACUGCGUACUGAAGUCUCUGUUGGAGAACCCCAUGAAACUACCCUUCCUCAAACAUGAACACCAAAAUGAAGGGUUUGAGAAGGAGCGAGAGAAGGAGAAGAAUUUGGAUGAGGAGAGGAGUGCCCCACAGUCAGCCUUCCUUGGCCCCACGCUGUGGAACAAGACUCUCCCCUACGAUGAUGACAACUUCCAGCUGGAGUACAUGGAUCUGGACGAGUUCCUGUCGGAAAAUGGCAUUCCGUCUGAUCUCGCCACCGCCGUCCACCGCGACCAGCACCAAUCACAGUCCCAGCACCAGACGUCAAGUAGGUCACAAGCCCCGCCCACACCGUCGCCCUCGGUGAUUGACCUUAGCAACCAUGCCAGUGCAUCGACGUUGGUACACACAAGCAUGGGCGCACAGAACUGUCUCCGUAGUCUCACCAGAACAGCCCUGCCAUCCAGAAACACUCCCAGCCCCAUCGACCCAGAGUCCAUCCAGGUGCCGAUGAGUUAUGAGCCCGACCCUGCUGACCUGGCUCUGUCCAGUGUACCGGGACAGGAGAUGUUCGACCCCCGCAAAUGCAAGUUUGCCCCCGAGGAGCUCAAACCACAGCCCAUGUUCAAGAAGGCCCGCAAGGUGUUAUUCCCUGAUGACAUGAAGGAUGACAGGUAUUGGGUGAGGCGUAAGAAGAACAAUGUGGCUGCCAAGAGGUCACGGGACGCCCGUCGGCUCAAAGAGAACCAGAUCGCCAUCCGAGCGGGUUUCCUGGAGAAAGAGAAUUCAGCGCUGAGGAUGGAGGUGGGCGACCUGAGGAGAGAGCUGGGGCGCACCAAAAACAUAGUGGUCAAGUACCAGGCCACACACGGACCUCUGUAAUGGGACUGAGACAGAAUACACUCACACACAGAUGGCGACUACACACACACACACACACACACACACACACACACACACACACACACACACACACACACACACACACACACACACACACACACACACACACACACACACAAAGAAAAACACAAACACACACACACAAAUAUGAGGCUGAGCUUACAGCUGUCUGAGACAACCACCCAAUCAAUCCCCCCAUUUAUCUCACCCAUGUCUGUCUCUGAUUGGCACUUUAGAGUGAAAGGGGAUAACGUUGUGUAAAAUAUGAGUAUGAAACGGAAUGUGUUUCCUUUAUUUCUGGGCUAUGUGUGUUUUCAUUUUAUUAUUUUCUUUCUUAUAUAUCUAUCCACACAUAGCUAAUGUAUUUUAUGUGUUAUUUUCCUUACACGGUGGUUUGUACAUAUUGUCCACGGCGUUUACUGUGGCAUUUCAUUUUUUAAUGAAUAUGUAUGUUGAAUGUUAUGUUACCUACCCUCCUCCAACUCCCUCUUGAUCCAUAACAUCUGUUAUCGUCUGUUGAUGAUCUUGUGUCUGUGGUUGCCAUGGUUUUCUAUGGUUUCCAUACUGUAAAUGUAGGUUAUGUCAGCUGAGAUGUCUCCGUUGACGUUACCUGUCCUAAUUCAUCCAGCUUUCUUUUUAAUCCACACCCCCCCCCUUUCUUAUGCUGUCAGAGAUAAGCUGUUUGUGGUGUAGAAUCUUGAUGUGAAGAAUCACUGCACUGCUCACACUUUGAAACCUCUCUAAUGCCUACAUACAGCAAGCCUGGGUACCCAACUGUUUCUGCAGUAAGUAACGCUACAUCGUUGCCUGAGUGAGGCAACAGCAUGUUAGCUAACGCAGAGACAGACUGGCAUCCAGGCUAGCAUUCUAUGAUGUCAGCUUUGUCAUUUGUUAAUUUAAUUUGUAUGGCAGUGUUAUGACCAGGCAGGUUACCGGUGAUACAAGUCAGUAUUCGACGUCUAUCCAUGUCUGAGGACGUCGAGAGAUGAUGUGGAAAACAGCCACAAGGGGCAACAGUGAGCACUGUUACUUUCGAGUAGGUUUUGGUUUUGCCAAGAUGUUGCGGAUGGGUGUAAGCAUCUGCCUCUGAUUCCAAAGGUUGCAUGUUUGAAUCCAGUGAUAGAAAGAUGUUUUCUAUUUUUGUUUUAAGCCUAUCCCUAACCUUAACCAUUCAGAGUUAAUGCUUAACCUUAAGAAUUCAGAGUUAAUGCCUAAACUUAACCUUAAACACUUUGAAAUUUGACGUUUGGAACAACUUAGAGAUAUGACGAUUGAGAAACAUGGAUGAACGUCUUAUUGUGACGUAAGACUGUGACAGCUUGUAGGUUAUGACAGUGUUAUUUAUAACUUUGUUAACACAGGUUGUUUCAAGUUACCUGUCACCAGAUCAUUGUUUUACCGUGUUGUACAGAAGAACUGUCAGAAGCUAAAGCAAUAAGCCCAUAAAGCAGUAGGGUCUUGUUCUCCUAUCUACCAAGCUUACUGUCACAGACACGCAUGAAACUACCCUCUUUAUUUAAUUACUUGUAUUAUUUACAUAUAAUCUGGCAUGUUUUUAUUUCCUCUUCAAGCAUUCAAAUUUGAACAUUAUCAGCAUCCAUGCAAUAGACAAUAGACUUUAUCAUUUUCUUUUACUCUUCCCGAGCAUGACUUUUCUCUGUCAGUGUCCGUAUUAAGACAGCCUCUCAGUCCUGCUCAGAUUGAAAGAGGUCCUGUUGAGACUGAGAUUGUCCUAGAAUGGACACUGUACAGAUGCUCUCUGACCCAACGAGAUGAAUGUAACAGAUGUACUACUGUAUAUAACAAACACAGGAGGUUGGUGGCACCUUAAUUGGGGAGAACAGGCUCAUGGUAAUGACUGGAGCGGAAUCAGUGGAAUGUUAUCAAACACAUUUAUUCCAGGUGUUUGAUGCCAUUCCAUUUGCUCCGUUCCGGCCAUUAUUAUGAGCCGUUCUCCUCUCAGCAGCCUCCUCUGAUAACAAUCACGCAGUACGUUGGGCGAAUGAAUGGCGUUGCCUAUACAGUACGUUGGAAUAUACCCUAAUCACUUUAUAUCUUUACUAUAGACCAAAACAUUUCAGUAUACAAAGGAUAUAUUGAUAUAUUAAAGGUUUUAUUGUUUAUACAAAGAUAUUCAUGUUUUUGUACAGUAUUUUUCCCAACAUAUAUAUUUCUUGUGUAUUUUAAAAAUGAACUUUGUAUAUUAAGAACUUGUUCACUUUUAACAAAAGCUGUUUUUUAGAUACUUUGCCUGGACAUUACUAAAGACCACAUUACAAAUGAAACCGACAGGC